AUUUGAGUGAUCAUGGGAUCCGCUUGUUGUGUUGCCGCAAGGGACACAAGCAUUCCAAACAGAACAGGACGUGGGACUUUGCAUAGAAAUGUGAGGUGUUCGCCAUCAUGGAGCUUCUGCCAAGAUAAUCGAAGGCGUGUAGCUGGAGAAAUAGAUGGGCCUUCUUAUCAGGUGUCUAAUGGAACUAGCAUAAAUGUUAGCAUGGAGGUAAAAGAGACAUUAGGAUCUGACAGAGGUAAUCUUUCUGAUCAAGGAAGUCCACUUGAGAUUGAGACAUACGAAACUCCCAUUUCUCAAAAAUCACCAGUCCAUGAAGACAUGGGUGGGAAUAUGAUGACCCCUCCUUCAGACAUAACAAGAGCAAGCAAUUAUUCAGUUGAUGUGAAGAAUUUGGAAGAAUUGCCCAAUAUCAUUGAUUCCUCUACACCAGAUCUUUAA